UGAGACUUAAUUUCUUUCAUGGCAGCAGGAAAGUUUUAACGAUUUUAACUUAAGUAUUUACAAUUUUUUAAAAUAGUUUUAAUCAUCUAAAUAUGACAAAUGUCGAACAAAUUGAACAAUUCAGAUCAGGAAGAGGUGGAAAUAUAGUUUCUAUAUGCAAAUGCUGCGGACAUCAGGCAUGGACAGACUAUUAUGGAUAUUUUGCGUGUAAAUCUUGCAUACAUUUCUUCAUUAAUUGCAUCAGAAAGAGGAAAACUUUCUCCUGUGUGAACAAUGACGGAAUGUGUCAAUUAGAACAAGUAAAACGACUUAAAUGCCAUUUUUGCAAGUUACGGUACUUAUACCAACUAAAAAUGAAGCCAAAAAUGUAUGGAAAACAUGAAAAUAAUUGGUAUAUGAAAGAAAUCAUACCACAGUUGAGAAGAAGAACAGCACGACAGUACGAUCCUAAGAAUGCGAGUAUGUUAUCAGAACGAAAUUUGAUAGAUAAAUUCUGGUUUCGGAAUAUGCGAAAAAAUGAUGCUUGGAUGAACUUUGUUUUACCAUUAUUAUUAAAAUAUCGAAGAAGAAUCACGGUGGACAAAACUAUAGGAAAAAGAGGAUGCAUUAUGGUAGCUGUUGAUGAAUCUUUGCAUGCCCACGAUGUAUUAAUAUGUGAAUUUCAAUACUUUGAUCCUUAUAAAUGCCAUAUUUUAGCUCAUCAAAACCUCGGAAUUGAUUGUUUGAAUGUUAUACGCAAGUUUCUUAACAGUUCUGAAAGAGGUUAUCCAACUUUAGAAGAAGCAAAGAAUUAUGUGCUUUUGGGUUUAUUGCCUUAAGAAUUUGUAAAUUUUAUCAAUGUUUUAACUCUGAUGUAUAUAUUUACUUAUAAUAAACAUAUAUUUCAAUGUAACCUGUACAUGUUAUAAUGCAUCAAAUGUCUGAGAGAAUUAAAAUAUAUAAAAAUAAAUUUUUCAUAAAUAAACCAUUAAU